AUGUGCUCUGGUUGUCCUUUCUGGCCUCAUGGACAUGCGCUCUAUUUGGCUCCGUUAGACAAACUUACUGAAAUUUAUAAAGUAGAAAACGUUGUUCUGUCUGUGGUUCGACAAAUAGCGAAGGGAGAGGCACCGUCCUUCAAAUACGAUCGGCGACGCAAUUGGGAGAGCGUUGUCUUCGGUCACGGCAGAGGACUGCUUAGAAAAUCGGCACCGUCAAACACCAUCACGUCGUUUGCGUCUUCCGCGUCAAUCCGUAAAUUUGCGUUGAUGCUCAAGAUUCUUUCAAAAGUUCACUACCUCUUGGUGACAAACACCCAAAGCACAAAGCGCCAAAUCUUUUACGAAGACGUAGCCCUGUUCGGAUCUCAAACAGUGGCCGACACUGUCAUCGAAGAUGUCGCCUGCUUGCUCAAGGUCCCACGUCGCUGCCUCAACGUCCUCGCCACGUCUAAGGGCCUCUUCUCGGGGGACGUCCGCUUCACCGACGGCAGCGGCAACUUCGUGGACGGCUCCCUCAAGCCCACCCUGGUUCCGACCGACGUCGGCGGCAUGCGGAACAUCCAGUCUUCAGCGACCUUCAUCCUCGUCAUCGAGAAAGACGCCACCUUCCAGAAGCUCCUGAACGACGGUUUCCUCAAGUCCGCGGGGCCUUGCAUCCUGAUAACGGGAAAGGGAUACCCCGACGUCAACACGCGAGAGCUUCUCAGAAGACUUCACGUCGAAGUUGACAUCCCGGUCUACGCGCUCGUGGAUGCCGACCCGUACGGCAUCGAAAUCCUCUGCGUGUACGCGUACGGGUCCCUGGCGAUGGCCAACGAGACGGACUGCAUGGCGGUACCCCGUAUCCGGUGGUUGGGCGUGCAUCCGUCUGACGUGGUCACCUUCGAGCUCAAGGACUGUCCUCCGCUGAGCUACGGCGACAAAUCCAAGUUGAGGAACCUGUUGGCCAGGCCGUACGUGGACAGCAACCCAGCGUGGAAAGAGCAGAUGGUUCUGCUCGAUGGUCUCCAAAGGAAGGCCGAGAUCCAAGGACUCUGCAGCGUGGAUCCGACGUUUCUCUCGGACGUUUACAUACCGUCCAAAAUUAGGUUUAGUGGAUGGAUCUAGGUACUUUUGUUUGUGCCAUCCGUCGUGUUUCAUGGAGGAGAGCGUGACUU